AUGUCCCCUCUCGAAAGGCUCUAUCUCAUUGCAUGUUGGUCCUACAUCCUCAGCUUCCACUAUUCGUCCUCGAGGCGGUGGACUGAUCGACAACGAGGGGACCAGUUCGCCCGCGCGGCGAAAGUCCAGGGCCUCAAGAGUCGAGCGGCAUUCAAGCUGCUCCAGAUCAAUGACCGGUAUCGAUUGUUCAAACCCGGGAUGACCGUGGUGGACCUGGGCUUUGCGCCGGGGAGUUGGAGUCAGGUUGCAAUCGACCUGACCAAACCUCGGGGGCGGGUGUUGGGCGUGGACCUCAUCCCCGUGCAGCCACCCAAAGGCGUCUCUACGAUCCAAGGCGACUUUCUUUCCCCGUACGUGCAAGGCGAGAUCAAGUUGUUCCUCAGAGACCCUGACCGCGGGCGUCUGCGCCAUUCACCACUCAUAUUCGAUACGCCCGAUGGACAGAUGGACCGAUCCGCCGUCCUUGACGAUGCCGAGAAGGGCUACCUGGAGAGAGAAAGCCAGGUGGCUGCUGCGGCCGCGGCUGAAGAGGCGGAAGCGCUGGAACAAGAUGAGGCCCACCGAGACAAGUGCGUCGACGUGGUGUUGAGCGACAUGUGCGAACCCUGGGAUCCGCUGGACGGUCUGUACAAGAAGAGCAUCAGUAACCCGUAUUACAGGUUGAUGAAUACAAGUGGGAAUGCAUUCCGAGAUCACGCCGGCAGUAUGGAUCUCUGUAGGGCCGCGUUACAGUUCAGCUACGAGACGCUCAAGGUCGGCGGACACUUCGUCUGCAAGUUCUACCAGGGCGCCGAGGACAAGGCGCUCGAGAAGAGCCUCAAGGCCAUGUUCCACAAGGUGCAUCGCGAGAAGCCCGAGAGUUCGAGGAGCCAGUCUAAAGAGGCAUACUUUGUUGGCGUCAAGAGGCUCGCCAAGGUCGAUAAGGACGCUGUGUUUGCAGGGCCCUAG